AUGAGACCACAUAUCACGGUCGCCAGCACAAACAAUAAGAACCAAUUGCUGGCCACACCGGAUACCACGGACCUGAGUGUUUGGGGCAUAGUGCGAUCGCUUUGGAGCUGGGUGCGCAGCGAUCUCAGUGAAAGUCUCUUCGGUGAUGAUGAGGAAAAGCCAGCAGCGGACACGACUACAGCCGCAGUAGAGGGACGCACGUUUGGCAAAAUACGACGCCUACAAAUGGCUCUGAUACCCAUUAUCUUCAAGUUUGGCGUGCUGUCGGCUAUGGUGGCUUUCCUAGUGGCCAUUGGCAUGAAGUCGCUGUUCCUGCUCAAGGUUUUGGUGGUCAUGAACGCGCUGGCCAUCCUAGGCAAGUUUUUGACGCUCAAAACAAGUUUAUUUGGACAACUGGAUCAUGCAGCGCCAAGCUUUAGCUAUCCAGGCUGGAAUACCAACGUCAAGGAGUCCUGGGCGCCUACAGGAUACAGCGGCACAGCAUCACAUGGACCCAGCAAGGAGAUACAUCUGCAUAUACACGGCAAUGCUCAGACACAGGCUGCGCUCGCUGCCCAGGGCUAUGGCUAUGAGAAUACGCAAACCGGUUGGGCCAGUCGCUCGGAUCCCUAUAAUGCGUAUCAGCAGCCCCAAGCAGUGGGUGAGCUGGCUGUGCCGAAUGUUACCGAUCCCAUUAACUUGCUGCCCACCAAAUAUCCCGCCAGAUACUUGAGACGUUAA